AUGUCUACUAAGCGUUCUCGAGCUACCGACGAUGCCGUCGAUGCAAAGACCGCCGCACCGGAAACCCAUAAGCGCAGAAAAGGCUUCACCGUUGGACCGGAAAAUCUCCCAGAUGGCACAUAUCGGCGCAAAGCACAAAAAAUAAAACGCGACCUCAUUCAAAAAGCCAAAGUGAAAAAAGCAUACGCCAAAAUCAAAGCCGCCGAAGAAGCGUCCGCGCCCGCUGUUCGAUCUCUCUACUACGAUAAUGAAGAAGCACCCGCCACAGUCACCACAAAUAAUGACGAACCGGCAGAUCCAUCCGCUAGUUUAGAAUUACAUCCCGACCGCCAGGCCAUGCUCGAUGCUCCGGAGCCCUCAAUACCCGAAAAGCCAAAGAUCAACCAAGAAAACAACAGAGAUCGAAGCCGUCAAAAGCGACGACCAAAGCCAUCCGCCUUCCAGAAAGAGAUGGACAUAGCCGAGAAACGCAGAAAAGAGCAGGAAGCGCGUCAGAAGGAGAGGGACCUGAAAGCUAAAGAGCGGCAGGCAAUGACGAAGGCGAGGAGGCCCGAUCAGUUCGGAAAGCGGAGGUUGGGCAGGGAGAGUACAGUGUUGUUGAGUAAGAUACAGAGGACAUUGGGUUCUCAGUAA